UCAAGUGCUGAAAGUGAAAAUGCUGUUCAAGGCUCUGACUCUUUUCCUGGCCAUUGGUGCCGUCCGCGGAGCCGUGGUUCCCGAUUCCAUUGAGAUUACGGCGGAGACCACGCUGAUCGAAUUUCUGCGCAACUCUCCAGCGCUGCGCUCAUCGGAACUCUUCAACAUGGAGUGCUUCGACUACUACUCCCCGCUCCUCAAGGCUCAUGUCGAUAAGUACGACGAGGACUCCAGGAAUUGCCUCGAAGAAUACGCGAACGCCGCCUCCUUGAUCGACUCGAGCUACAACAUCGCCCGCAGUGCACUGGCCGACUCCGUGAAGAACACCUGCUACUCCCUGCUGACCUGCGAUGGGCUUACCUCCAAUGAGGAUGCUUUCCAGUGUCUCGCCACAUCGGGACCCGCCGGAUCCGCAGCUCUCGGUGCAGCUUCCGACGAGGCCUUUGACCACAAAACUAGCCUGACCGAGAAGUUGCUUGCCGUCCAGAAAACUCAGUCGGCCUGCCUGCUCGAGGCCCAGCGAACCUACAAGACGAACCACGGUCAGUGCUACGACGAUCUCAUUGCCUGCGCCGGCGAUCCCUACUGGGAGUUUCCCACCACCAACAACUUCCUGUAGAUGUCAAAAGAAACACUCCACUGUACAGGCCAA